AUGGUCAGUAAAUUCGCGCACACCGGCAAAUGCAAUUUCAAAACUCCUCAAUCUUUUCCACUUACUGUACAACAGCUUGGAGUUGAGGAUAAGAUCCGUUUGUUGCAUGGAUGUUGCCUGGACCUCGUCACACUGCGCGCCACGCACUCCUUCAGUCUGUCUGCACAAGCCCAAGGUAUUGUGAACGAAAGUUCAAACGGUGAGCGUAUCCCCUUCAACGGGAAUGUGGCCGAUGGACGUGCAGAUUAUGCUACAUCACAUGUCCCG